GCCACAUUAAAAUAAGAGCAUGUGGAGGUGCAUUUGUGCAAAUGAAAAGCCUCUUGCAUCGGCGGGGGCACUGAGCUGCCAGAAGACUAAAGGUAAGUAUUCGGCGGCUGAUUUAACUGAGCAGCUGGCUCAGUAUGAACAGCAAAUAGUGCAGCUCAAAGACCAAAUUCUGGACAAAGAAACCCAGCUUCACGUGAGAGAUGAACAGCUUAAGUUGCUGGAAGACCUCAAGGUAAAACUCCGUGAAAACGAAGAGGCAUUAUUGGAAAAGACGCAACUUGUGGAUGUGUUGGAGAAAAAGCUUGAUGGAAAUUAUCGGGAGCUAGCGUUGCUGGAAAACCUGAAGGAAAAACUCCGUGAAAGCGAAGAGGCAUUAUUAGAAAGGACACAACUUGUGGAUGUGUUGGAGAAAAAGCUUGAUGGGAAGAAUCAGGAGCUAGCGGAGUUAGUUGAAGAUUUGAGCGUCAUUGAGAUUGAAAAUGAAGAACUCAAGGACAAGCUUCUGGCUGAAAAACACGUAAUGAGAACCAAGGUCCGAAAUAUGACGGAAAAGCAUGAGGCAGAUUUUAAAAAACUCAACAGAAAACACAGGACUCAGCUCCGUAAAGUCAGUGAGAAACAUGCUGAAGAAACAUCACUGAAAGAUCAGUGCUGUGUACAACUUAACAAAGAUCUGCAACUUUUACAAUCUCAUGCCUGUGCACCUCUUGCAGAACAGGCAACUUGUUCUUUAAAUUAUUACACCAAACAGAAGAUUGGGGAACUGGAAGAACAAGUGAGGCUUAUGACGCAAGAGGCUGAAAAAUCAGAGGCCAGGUUCAUUACAAUGGAAGCUCAGUCCAAAUUGAAAAUCAAUCAGAUUGAAGAGGAGCUGGACAAUGUACAGAUUGUACCUUCUCGGCAGGAGCUGCUGGAGCUCAAAGAUAUAGCCGUUGACUUGGAAGAGGAGAACGAACAGUUACACCUGAAAGUGAACUGGCUACAACAUGUCGAGGCACAAAAUGAGGAUCUUCAAGCAAAAUUGGAAGAAUAUGAAGAGCAACACCAGAACAUGCAAGCAGAUUUAGAACAAGCUACCAAGGGACAAACUUCCCAGACAAGUGAAUCUGAAUCUGCAGAGGAACUGCACAGCCGCCUGAUGAAGUGGCGAGAAACGGUUUAUAAGCCAACACCGAGCCAUGACAUCGAUGAGAGGAAUGUCAUGGAAUUAAGGAUGAGGCAACUUGAGGAAGAAAGAGAAGAUUUGAUCUCAGAACUGCAGGAGCUGGAGGAGGAACAGGGGGAUCUUCAGAGACGAGGACAGGAUCAAGGAUGGACAAAGCAGACCACAGCUGGGCAAAAGCUUAGGAUGAUUUCAGGGUUGCAACAUCAGGAGCAAGUUGUGGUGUGUGAAGCAGGUCAGCUCAAGCAGACUCUGCAAGAGAAAGAUAAAUAUCUACAACAGCAGGGAGAUGAGCUUGGACAUCUCCAGAAGAAAUCUGAAGAACACCAAGCCCUGGAAAUACAAUCCAUGCAAAACAUGGAAACCAUUUCCAAACUUCAAAAUCAAAUCCAAGACUUGACCUUGAAAACUCACAAACUGAAGCACACCAUCGAGGAGAGAGACUUGCUGCUGGCCUGUAAAGUGGAAGAUUAUUCCCAAUCCCUGGAGGACCAGCCUGUGCUGAAGGAAGGAAAGGUUCACACGACAGGGCAAGUAGGACCAUUGUUGUCUCAGAAGCGUAGACAAUUAGAGGAUGACAAAUCUCUUCUCCAGGAAGAACUUGAACAUUUCCAGGAAAUGUCAGAAAAGAAAGGAGCCAGAGCCAUGAAAGAGCUGGAGAUCCAACUUGUUAAGGUUAGGAAAGAAAAAGACAAAGCUGUUAGCCAGACGGGUGCCUUCACAAAAUCGAUGGCCUCCUUGCAAGAUGACCGAGGCCCCAUGUUAUCAGAAUAUACGGAGCUAGAACAAUGGCAUCUCGACAUGCAUUGCCAGAAACAUCGCAUCAUUCAGGAGAGUGCAGCUGAAAACAAUGAACUGAAGCAAGAGAUCGGAAAUGUUCUCAACCAGAUGGAUGACCUUAACUCUGACAACGCGCUGUUAAAAGCACAGUUGCGACCCUCUCCCCACUCCCCUGUUGAAGUCCUGCCUCCCCGUUCUCUGUACAAGUCCAGGAGGCAGCAGGAGAUCAAAAGACUGGUGAAAGAAAGGAGGGAGCUGAGAAAACAGUGGAGGAAGGCCACAGAGGCAGAAAUUAAAGGACUCAAGGCACUGCCGGCAGAAAUAAAGCAGCGCUUGGCAAUCCUACGAAGAGCAGAACGCCUGAGAAAGCAACACAAGAAGAAAGAACGGGCGAGGACAAGUUUCUACAGAAAUCUGUAUAAGUUUGUCAAGGAGAAGAGCGGGAUCCUGGGAGUACCUCUAAUGGAACUGGAGGAGCACCUGAGGAAGACGUACUCUGACAACCGGAGUGAAGAUGGGAUUAAAGAAGGGAAAGAGAAAUAUCCCAGAGGUGAAAUUCUUCCAGGCGACAUUUCCAGACAUCUUCGUGCAGAAAGCAAAAUGAGCAAAAUGGCGACCACAGGAGCUUGA